GUAUUUUGGGUGGGCAAUCCAUCCUUUUGCUUGUCUGGAAGGAUAGCAGGCAGACCUGUUUUUGUUUCUGGGUUACCACUCGUUUCCUGUCUUCCCCCAUCUUCUACACCUUCAUACAGCUAGGGUUUUGAUUUCAAAAACACCAGUUCAUCAUGGAUGUAGAAUUAAACGAUUGGGAGGUUCUCCCCAAUUCAGAGGACUCCACCUCCCUUCAGAAUACCAGCUAUUUGGAGGGAAUCGAACGCGACUCUGAAGGCAUAAUACGAUCUGAUUAUUUCUCCCUUGAUUCUCGCAACAAGUAUGCCGGAACUCAGGUUGAAGACGUUACUGACGGUAUUUCCGUUGAGUCGGACAAUCCUAGUUGGAUUGAUCCCGCAUGUGACACUCGUUAUUCGACAACCAAGGAGAUGGGGGAGUUUUGGAGCACCGAUGGUUCUUCUGAUGAUGGCAAAUAUGUUGAAUCGGAAGCCAACAACAAGGAACUGGAUAUUGGUGAAACUGGAACAAGGCAAGUGGCUUAUGAUGGAAGUGCAUCUGUUGAGAUGGACAAAUCGUGGUCUGAUUCAGGCGAAAUUGAAUCUAAAACAAGAAACUAUGAAAAAAUGGAUGUGGAUACAUAUGAUGAUGACAUGAAGAUCCAUGAGCCUUCAGGUGAACAGAAGAUCAUACAAGCAAGAGACCAAGGAGAGAAUGAAGAUGUGUUGAUUGAAACUAGGAAAGCAGAUAGUGAAGAAAGGAACAGGGUAGCGGUCUGGUGGAAGCUUCCAUUCGAUUUGUUGAAAUAUUGUCUAUAUAGGGCUAGCCCGGUAUGGACUCUCUCUGUGGCAGCUGCAAUGAUGGGUGUUGUAAUUUUGGGACGCAGAUUGUAUAAAAUGAAGCGAAAGAGCAGGACUUUGCAGCUUAAGGUCACCGUGGAUGAUAAGAAGGUAUCUCAGUUUAUGAGCCGAGCUGCACGACUCAAUGAAGCAUUCUCAGUAGUGAAGCGGGGUCCCAUCAUUCGGCCAUCGUUGCCAGCUGCUGGGAUUGCUCCCUGGCCCAUGAUGGCUUUAAGAUGAAAGUAAAUGUUGGAAAAUAGGUAAAACAUAUAUAUGGUGUGGUUCUGCUAUAAUGCUUUUGUAUGGCUGUGUGAUAUAAAGCUUUGCAUUAACUUGCCCUGUCGCUAUUGUAACAUUCCAAUACUAUGUGUGUGAUCUUUAACCAUUAUGUGGUUCUGUAACAGUUAAAUCAUGAGCUGUUGCUACUAUCUCUCAAGUUCAUAAGACUCUUUUUUGGGAA